AUGGCACCGAAGUCGACAGGACCGUGGUAUCCUACUUCCUUCCACUCGCAGAACCACCCUCAUCAGCACCCUAAUCCCCACCACCUCACUUUCAUUCCCGGUCUACCUAACUUUCACCCCUCGUUCCAUCCUUUCCACCUUAACCCGCCGCCCCCGUUCUUCCUAGGGCCACAAGCCCUCCCGCAAUCCACCUCCAACCUCCUUCCAUCCGAGCCUGCGUACUCCCGCGCUCCAGACCCUCCAUUACCUCCCAGGCCCGAGAGAGCGAGGACUCCUGAGCAAGACAGGCCAACCGGUUACUACAGGCGGCAUACUGAGAGGAAGGACGGAAGGGAGUACAUUGGUGCAGCUGGGUUCGGACAUGCGGAUUGUGUAGAACUGCAUACGCAUCCGAGAGACUGUCAGUGUGGAUGUCGUGGUUGGGGAAGGGUGACACAGACAGUAUUGGGAGGUCGUCUUCACGAGAGCUUGCCUGUACCGGGAGUCGACAGUCGGACAGGACGUGUGGCGGCAGCCUCCCAUCCACUAUUUCCAAAUCCGGCGUACCCGUACGGUGUGGCACCACAUCAGCCCAACGUCCCUGUUUCGGCGCCACCGCCAGCCCCUGCUCCCAUCCGGGUUUCGUUCCCUCCUCGAUCAUCGGCAUAUGCUCCUACGCCAGCAUCGACGUCUAUCCCCAAUAUUCCUCCUCCAGUGCCUACUCACGGCUAUAGUGACGCUCGAAGUCGUCCUUACAUCCCUGGUGGAUUGUAUGGACGCUACACAGCGCCGAUGGAAGACCGGUCUCAUGUGCGGUUCACUCCUCCCCCUCCGCCGCCACCUGCUACGACACAAGGAGCGAGAGGGAGGUGGGCUUGGAUGCCAGAUCCUGAAACGGCACAAAUGCCUGUAGCGCACACGCAUCAUCCAUCAUCUGCAUACGCCACAGCCGGCACUACCUCCAUGCCAGACCCGGAUCCAGAGCUAGUCAUCUUCUCCCCACCUCCCCGACCCUCCGGACCAAUGCCACUCUCGCCCAUCACAAACGAUCCCGUACGUCCACAUACCCCCGCACCAACAUCGGCUUCCUCGUCCAGCUCUUCUUCGAUGCUUUCGACUCCACUGGAUGAGCAUCCUGAGCCGCCAUAUGGGAUGUAUGGAUCUGCGCCGAGGUGGCAUGAUAUGGGUGAGGAUGGUCCCAGGCUGAGGCUUUCGCCGCGUCGGGAGGAUGGUAUGGACUAUCCCGUUGUUCAACCACCGUCACAUCUGGAUGAAGAGCCGCCUAUGCCACAUCAUUCACCUACUGGUUCGGCAACGAGUUGGGGGUCUGCGCGGUCAGGGAUGCCAAUGCCGAGAGUUGGAGAGUACUCAGGCAUGGGUGGGAGCGAUAGCGAUGGGGAUGGGAUACGUGUGGUAGGCAUGGGAGAUCAUGGUAGGGAGCAAGGAGAGGAGGAGGAAGAUGAGGAUGUGGAGAGGUACAUGAGGGCGGAGAAGAGAUUAGAGAGGAGGAGGAGGGAGUUGAGGAGGUUGCUGGAAGAUCCCGCCAUGGGUGAGUAUGAUAGGCAGGUUGCGAGGGAGAGGGUCGAGAGGGCGGAGGAUGAGGUUACGGGAGCCUGGUCGAGGAGAGCGGAACGCAGGAGGUUUUAA